GGAUCAGUAUUACCCACCGCUUUAAACUCUGCCUCUUUACUGAGAGGGAAGGGAACUGAGGAAGCGAGGUUCUCAACUUUUGUGAUUCCUCCUCACACAACAACCUUAACAUCCCACUUCCAGCGAGCCCCAGAGCCUCGAACAAUCCAUCGCCGCCUUCCGAGUUUCCGAUUCGAGAGCAGCAUCUGCACGCGACGGCGACGCCGGCUCGUACCUUCCUGAUGCGACAGCCGCGGCGAGGAGCCCGCCCGGGCCUCGCCGUGCUCGCCCUCAUCUUCGCCUUCUCACUUGGGGGGCGCGGCGUGAAUGCGUCCAUCCACGAGUACUCCGGCGGCGGCUUCGCGCCGCGCGCCAACUCCUUCUUCUUCCACGGCGGCAGCGAGGGCCUCUACGCGUCCGAACCCUCCUCCAACUCAUCCGCCUCCUUCAUCAGGUUUGACACUGUUACCUUUCGACGAUCCCAAGAGUCAGCAGCUAGGCAUGAAGAAAUGCAGCAAAAGACAGGCUUAGUAGAGGCUAUUAUUGUUGAGAUCCAGGACAGAGACAAAAUUGGAGGUGCUUACUUGCACUCCGACGCAAUAUGCUGCACCCCUGAGCUUGACAAGGAGAAGUCCUGUAAAGUUGGUGAAGUGAUUAUUCGGCCAAAUCCUGAUAACCCAGACUGGCCAAAAAGGAUUCAGACAUUCUUUGAAGGCAAACGUGAAGAAACUACCAUGGUACCACAGAGUGUAUCUAUUAACAAAACAGGGAUGUACUAUCUCUAUUUUAUGUUCUGUGAUCCUCAACUCCGGGGAUUGAAGAUUACAGGAAGGACUGUUUGGCGGAAUCCUCAUGGUUAUAUCCCUGGUAAAAUGGCUCCAAUGAUGACGUUUUAUGGUUUCACGUCACUUGCGUAUCUUGUACUUGGACUUCUAUGGUUUCUUCAAUUUGUGCGAUGUUGGAAGGAUAUUUUGCAGCUGCAUUACCAUAUAACAGCUGUCAUUGCCCUUGGAAUGUGUGAAAUGGCUUUUUGGUACUUUGAGUAUGCUAACUUCAAUUCAACUGGAACUAGACCUAUGGGCAUAACCUUGUGGGCGGUUACAUUUACUGCUGUGAAGAAGACUGUCUCUCGCCUUCUACUGUUAGUAGUUUCGAUGGGCUAUGGUGUUGUUCGUCCCACAUUGGGUGGGAUUACGUAUAAAGUUGCUGCUCUUGGUGUCAUCUAUUUUAUUGCUUCAGAAGCUCUUGAACUUGUUGAAAAUCUGGGAAACAUCAAUGACUUCUCUGGAAAAACAAGAUUGUUCCUAGUGUUGCCUGUCGCCAUACUUGAUGCUACCUUCAUCAUCUGGAUAUUUUCAUCCCUCUCUAGAACUUUAGAGAAACUGCAGCUGCGGAGAAGCAUGGCGAAACUUGAAUUAUAUCGGAAGUUUACAAAUUCUCUAGCUAUGUCAGUGCUUAUCUCAAUUGCUUGGAUUGGCUAUGAGCUGUACUUCAACGCAACCGAUCCAUUGAGUGAGCUCUGGCGAAGGGCUUGGGUCAUCCCUGCCUUUUGGAAUGUCCUCUCUUAUGUCCUUCUUGCCAUCAUAUGUGCCCUUUGGUCACCCUCUCGUAAUCCAACAGGAUUUGCAUAUUCAGAGGAUGCAGGUGAUGAGGCUGACGAGGAAGGACUUUCUCUUGUAGGCAGUGCUGUUAAAGGAACCGGAGAUAUGGUGAAUAUGCAUGUGUUUCCGGAGGAUAAACGUGCAUGAUAAGUUAUUGACUUAGUGCAGCUGUACUCCUGGUGGAAUGCUAUGUGAAGUACUGUACUGUUCUCCUCUGGAUCCACGCUAGCUGACAUCUUCCAAAGCUUGCGCGCUAUUCCAGAUGUACAGGUGGUGACUUUGUGUUGAAGGAUUUGACUUCCACACACUUUUACCUGCCCGAUGAUGACUACCCAAUACAAAGAACUCGGCGAAAUAAAUUACUACGCUUUUGAGAGCGAGGAGUGUCUUGCGGUGGUGUGUAGACUCGUACAUUUGGUAGAACCGUAGAAGCCUGGCUACCCUGUUAAACGCUCGACUUCAUCAGUGAAAUCGCGGCAGUUGGUUAUGUAUUACCAUAUGUAUUCUCGUAGAAUGAGUUAGUUAUAAUUAAUCAGAUGUGUUCAUGGUUUGCACAGUCGUGUUUACAUUGCGGAUAGCUACUUUCAUUGUUAUUGUAUUGCUCGUUAUUUAUCAUGUAUGGGUAAUGGCUGUCCAUUGGGGUUCA